UUCAGGAAUAGAUAAGUAGUGCUAUGUGGCGCCGCUGAUCUCUGUACAAUCGUCAGGUGCUGACAUCAGAAUGUGAUUAUGUAUAGGCAUGUCUAUGGGUAUAUUCCACUGGUGUAUAUUAUAGGAUAAGGCAUAAUUCUGGAAGUACAGCCCGUUGCACCCUCGGUGCAUGCUCUGAAUAUCUCCGUGAUUUGAUGCAGGUGGUGAGUAUGAUAGCGUAAAUCCAGGGACACCCGAUACACAUCAGAACAUUGAGGGUGGAGAGAAAAGUGAGAUCAAGUUCCUUUUCAGACAUCAGAUGAAUUAUUAAUUCUAUAGCAGCUCCGUCUCUGUGACUCUUAUCGGUGCUGGAGUCUACGAGCAGUGGAUAUAUUACCGUCCUAGCAGUGCAACAUGCAGAAUAUUCCUUACAAGUUUAUCUUCAUGAUAAGUGUGUUAUGGGAAGCUCCCGGGGUUCACGCACGCAAAGGUGUAAAGUGUGGGGGGGUGCUCUCCGCACCUGUAGGACACCUGUCCAGCCCGAACUUCCCGAAGGUGUAUCCUCCGUACACCGAGUGCACUUGGCUCAUCGUUGUCUCAGAAGGAUCCACGGUCCAGCUCACCUUCCAUGAAUUCAACCUGGAAUACCACGACACGUGUGAAUAUGACUACGUCAAGAUCUACAAUGGGGCGUCCAGGGAUGAGGGGAAUCUUUUGGGAACAUUUUGUGGUUCCCAGUUGCCUCCAAACCUUACCUCAUCCUGGCAUGUGCUAUCGGUCAUCUUCCAUUCAGACAAGCACGUGGGCAGCAGUGGAUUUUCUGCUACAUAUAGGAAGGACAUCUGUGGAGGAGUCCUCACCAGCCUCUCGGGGGUAAUAACCAGCCCAGAUUACCCUGACAACUACCCCAACAAUGCAGAGUGCCACUGGCUGAUCAGUGCAGCCCCCAAUUCCAAAAUCCGUCUAGUUUUCACAGAUUUCCAGCUGGAGAGCCAGGAAUGUAACUUCGAUUACGUGGCAGUCUUUGACGGCUCUAGCCAGGAAGAAGAGGAACAAGUCCGCCAUUAUUGUGGCACCACCAAACCUCCCGACACCAGAUCAUCCUCCAAUGAGCUGCUGGUGGUUUUUAAAUCUGACUAUAACAUUGGAGGACGAGGUUUCAAGGCAUACUUCUCAUCAGGGGAGUGCCAGGAUGUCUUCACAGCAGUGAAAGGGAAUAUCACCAGCCCUCGCUACCCAGAUAUGUACCCCAAUAAUAUUAUUUGUCAGUGGAACAUCCAGUUACCCCCAAGAUUUCGUAUUAAGCUGUUUUUCCAAGACCUUAAGCUGGAAGAGAUGAACACUAUGACGGACGACUGUGACUAUGAUUACCUGGCGGUGUACGAUGGGCAGAGCACAAGUGACAAACUUCUGGGCAGGUGGUGUGGGACAGACCUGCCGCCCCCCCUGAUAUCCGCCAAGAACAAUCUGCUGCUGGUGCUGGUCACAGACCGAGACACCGCCAACAAGGGCUUCUCUGUGUCCUAUAUUGGAAUGGUUCCAAUGAACGUCAGCUGCACCCGCACGGACUUCCACAUUCAGAUCCCGAUCCAGUCUGUUCCACAACUAGAAAGGAGCCACAUCUACCUGGGAACACCAGCCUGUGCCGCACAGUUAGCUGGCAGCAGCUACAAGAUUUACGCCCGUUUUGAUACGUGCGGGACAGAACCACAGAAAAGGAACAACACUUCGGUGAUUGUGAGCAUCCUUUACGUGGACUUUUCUCUGGGUGGUCAAGGGGACAUCCACGAGUACGAAGUGCAGUGUGAACCCAAGAGGAAGGAGGCCUCUGUCCGCAUCUUGUCUGGGUCAGAGCCGGCCCAGCUCAGCGGAAGAGCCGAGAACACAGGACAUUCUCAGCUCCCAGAGGCAGAAGCUUCGGAGAGCAGCGAGCGUGGGCAAGACAGCAGCGACGUGGUCUUCAUCAGCAUCUGUAUAUUGGCCGGGGUCCUCAUGCUCAUCGCGGUGGUGGGACUUGUGCUGCUGUGACACCGACUCUAGGGCUGUACCCUGAAUGAUCACCAUGAAAACUGCUAAAACCAGAUGAUGGCCCUACAAUAUGCAUUACUGUCAAACGGAAGACGUCAAGAACUCCAUUAUUGUCCUGGUCACAUAAACACGUGUGACAAUCAGUAUCCAUAUGUGCCUGUUUUAUAUCCACGAGCUAAACACCUAAAAGGUGCAAAUACAAGUAAUUAUAGGUCACAUGUACUACAUAUACUGUAUAUACUGCUAACGUGGUCUGGAAUGCUGCACCUGCUUACAUGGCUUCCAACUAAAGGAUUACGGUACUUGAA